GUGACGGCUAAUGAUUCGAGCUCUAGGCUGGCAAAAGUAUUCAAAAACCUCGUCUUUGCUCACCAACAGGUCUAUAACAGCUCAUCGCAUGCAGUGGAGUCAUCUCUACAGAUGGAUUCAGAGGACUCGAGAACUCCACGCUUAUACUCGCAUCGUCCUAUCCUUACUCCCAUAACGCCAUCUAUCAUAGCAUCCUACCGUUCAACGCGCCUGCUGGCCUUGGGAACGGAUCCAUCGGCGUUCGGCUCAAACUACAAUCGCGAGGUCGUGUUCACCGACGAUAUCUGGACAGUGCGCCUCGAACCCUCCGAACGACGUUCUUGGAUCACUCUGCAAGGGGUAGUACAGCCUGAGGGCGACAGCGACUGGUUCGCAGGGGGAGAGGCAGGCGUGGCGACAAUGACCAUCCUUUCUCCAUGUGCAGCUGUCAAUCUCCCUCUAGCAUGGGACCAGUUUGAAAAAACCGGGCUCACGGCCGACUGGGAUAUAUUCAUUAUUCACGGCAUGUGGGUCGAUCCAGCGCAUCGAGGGCGUGAUGUUGCCGUGGAGCUUUUGAAGACAGGGAAGGAGUGGGCGCGCGGCUUUGAUAUUGAAAACUGGGUAGAGGGGGAGGAGAACCAGGUUUCGGGCAGUCUGGGCAGCUGCUCCAAGGAGAACGGAUGUGUACCGAAGAAGAGGAUGCUUGCGCUCAACGUUACGGAGGGGAAUGCUGCUGCGCACGCAUUCUACCGCAAGGUUGGAUUUGUAGAUGCACCAAAUGUCCCCACUCCCGCAGGUCAGUCUUGCAUGGUCAUGGAGAUUGGAUGA